AUGGCAACGUUCCGUUUGGGUGCAAUUGCAUCCAUUGCGACGAGGUUACCCCACCAAAAUGUGGCCAAACUGCAGCGAAUAAACCUCGUCCGUCGAUUCGCUACCGGAGCAGCACCGAAAAAACCUACCAGCACACUGGGGCUGGCGCUAAAGGGGAUGGCAGUCGGUGCGCUGGUGGGUACCGGAUGGUCCGGCUACAAUUUCUUCAAAGGUGGUCCUACCGAUCAUAUGCUGCAUGAGCAUGUGGGACCGAAGGUUCUCGACAAGCUGCCGGAUGUAAAAAUAAUGCGCAAAGUCGUCAAUCCGAAGGACGAUUCUGAACUGGAUUUGGUGCUGUUCCAGUUUCAAACGUGUCCCUUCUGUUGUAAGAACGAUCUAGGAGGCAUUUUAUGGAUGCAGCAGCGAGCACUACUUCAGCCCCAGGUUCUGUGUCCGAAAUGUGCUGGGGAUAUGCGGUUGAAGCGGUAUAAGGGCAUCGAUGGAUACAGCUUUCUCCGAGACAAAAAGCAAGAUAUUGGAGAACUCGCUAAAUACUACCCUUCGAUAUCGUACGAAAAUGAUGCCGGCCGGAAAGUGUUCGAUAUCAUGAACAAAUACUUCCUGAUGUUCCAAGAAAAGAAGGUCGACAAUCGUUCGAAGGAAGAGCAAGAGGAGGAACGCAAAUGGCGUGCUUGGGCGGACGAUCAUCUAGUGCAUUUGAUUUCCCCCAACGUAUAUCGCACGAAGGACGAGGCACUGGAAACGUUCGAGUGGUUUUCCGAUGUGGGCGAAUGGAACGUACACUUUCCGAAGUGGGAACGAGAUCUAAUGGUUUACGUCGGUGCAUUCGCAAUGUGGGGUAUCAGCAAACGGCUGAAGAAACGGCACCAGCUCAGUGACGAUGUCCGUUCGCACAUAUACGAUGCGUGUGAUCGAUGGAUUGGUGAAAUUGAAAAGAAGAAAACCGUCUUCCAUGGUGGCUCGCAGCCGAAUUUGGCCGAUCUGGCCGUGUUUGGCGUGUUGAACAGCAUGGAAGGAUGUCAGGCCUUUAAGGAUUGUUUGGAAAAUUCCAAAAUUGGUCCUUGGUUUUAUGCGGUGAAGGAAAGGGUGCUGAAAAACCGAGGUAAUGCGAUGUACAAGUAA